AUGGGCGAUGUUGCUACUAAUUUCACCCCAAUCGAACCACCAAACACCGUCAACAAGUCAACCGUCCAGUCCUCUAGGUCAAACAUCAUCAUCGACCCUCUUUACAAAACUGUACGCCUCUCUCGCUCUCCAUUCACCUACUCUUUCCCGGUCACUACCGGCCCCAAAUUCAUCCAUCUUUACUUCUAUCCAAAAUAUAACUACGAAUUUCAUAGAUCCGACGCCUUCUUCACUGUUCAAGCUGCCCAGUUCACUCUCCUUAAAAACUUCAGUGCCGCCCUUGUUGCUGAUUCCUCCAAUAAAAGCGUCAUCGCAAGAGAAUAUUGUGUCCAUGUCGCCGGAGAAGCACCGAAAUUGAACAUUACCUUCACCCCAUCUCCGAAUUCUUAUGCCUUCAUCAACGGAAUAGAAGUCGUCUCCAUGCCGGAAAACCUCUACUACUCUCCUGCGGAACAGAGAAUGACGACGCCGAUUAUUGGAAACAACAUCGCCCUCGAGCUUUAUCAUCGGAAAAAUCUCGGCGGUGAUGACAUCUUUCCGAGUCAAGAUUCCGGCAUGUACAGAAAUUGGGAUGGGAAACCAAGUGAGAGCUUCGAUGUGAUUUUGAAUGGAUAUGAAGUGUUCAAACAGAGCAAUGGAACUAAUCUUGCAGUACCAAACACAGUGGUCGCUCUAGCACCAGAAGAUAAACCGGUUGUCAAAAAUUCAAAUGCAACAGAGAUCAUCGCUGCCGUGUGUAGUAGCGUGGGAUUUGCCAUAUUAUUCUCAAUCGUUGGAUUUGUAGUUAUAUGGAAACAGAGUAAGAAGAAAACAAAGAGAAGGAAGAAGAAGAAGAAAACAAGAGAGGAUAAUUGGCUAUCAGAACGACGGUGCCGAAUUUUCACCUUCAAAGAGAUUUGUAAAGCGACAGAUUACUUUAGUAAAGAGAGAGAGAUAGGAGUCGAAUUAUUUGGUGUCGUUUACAAAGGAAUUUUCGAGGAUGAAGGCAAUCUCACAGUCGCAAUCAAAUGGUUGAACUCAAAAUCCAGCCAAGGGGAACAAGAAUUCGUGAAAGAGAUUGAAUUGUUAUCAGAGCUCGAUCACUUCAACCUUGUAUCUCUCAUCGGAUAUUGCUUGGAAAACGAGGAAAUGUUGCUAGUCUACGAAUUUAUGCCAAACGGAACAUUCAACGAUCAUCUCUUCAGCACCUCAAAAUCGCUUCUGCCAUGGAGGAAACGCCUAGAAAUCUGCAUUGGGGCGGCACGUGGUUUAAUCUACCUACACACUGCAUUUGAUCGACCCAUCAUCCACCGUGAUGUGAAGACUACAAAUAUCCCUAUAGACGAAAAUUGGGUUGCAAGAGUUUCCAAUUUAAGGUUAUCAAAAUUAGGGCAAAAAAACACGGCAGUCAGCGUGUCGAAGUUGGCAGGAACGAUUGGCUAUAUAGACCCAGAAUAUGUCUUCACUCUGGAAGUGACAGAAAAAUCCGAUGUAUACUCAUUUGGGGUCGUCUUGUUUGAAGUGCUCUGUGGGAGCAAACAAAAUGACCGGGUUGCCAGUGAAGAGAAGUUCAAGCUUAUGCUAUGGGCUCAGAAAUGCUUGGAGAAAGGGAAUGUUUAUGAAAUUAUCGAUCUGAAUUUAAAAGGGAAGAUUUCAUGUGAUUGUUUAAAGUAAUACUUGGAAUUGGCGACAACAUGUAUCAACGAUCAUUCAAAGCAUCGACCGACAAUGAGGGAGGUGGAGGAGAAAUUAAGUUUCAUCUUGAAGCUGCAAGAGGAAGCAGAUGAGGAUUGUUCCGACGCGGAUUUGAGUUAUCUAGAGGAGCCAUUUUCGCCUAUAAUGGCAGUAAACAGAAAGGAAUAUGAACACAACAGCGAAUGAAAAAGUGAGGAAAGUUUCUAAUGAAUUAUUUCAAGUUGCACCCAAAUAUUUUCUUGUUAUGAAGCAUAGAGACUUACGUAACUCCCACGUGUCGUCGUUUCUCAUACAGCAUAAUUGAAAAUCUUUUUAUACGUAGCAAAUAUACUCACUAGUUGACUUGUAUUUUUUUUAGAAUUCCAAGUUCACCCUUCAGUCAAUGUGUUUCCAUCACUACUGGCAGCUAUGGGUGAUAACAAUUUGAUAGCACAUUUCUCAAA